AUGAUGGGUAUGAAACGCCUCGUCCUCACGCUGUUGCUUUCCAGCUGGCUUCAUCAAGGAGGCUAUGGCUUUCAACCUCUCCAUCCACAGCGACAAAGCCGUAAUCUGCAAGUUGCUUUGGCGGCUCUUCGCGUCCCUCAAAAUCCUCUCACCUCCUCGAAUAAUAAGCAAGGCAAUCCACCCGAGAAUCUCCUGGUCGAGGACAGAAGUGACAAUGAGGAAGCGCCAUCCUUGAAUACGGCGCCGGAUAGCCUCACUCCUACUAGCAGUAAUAGUACUGGGAACUCCCACUCCAGCAUGGGCCACGGCAGGUCCUGUCCCCAGCGCCAUUUUGGCGAGCUGCACUUUCGGCAUUGUGGCGUCGCGGAGGUUUGA